AUGUGGGUGGUUUUUAGAGGCGCAUGCGUGAUAACGUGGAGGGCAGGUUGGGCGUUAAACAAGUUGGGUGGAGGAAACGUCGAACAACGACGGGAGGUGCUUCUGACAACGGUCGUCUCUUGCGUGAACGGGAGACAGAUCUACUCACUUGUGUUACGGAGGUCUUGUCCGCCGUCCUCGAUCCCUCCAUUCAAUUUGGUCUGCGGAAAGGUCCGCGAUGAGUCUGGAAGCGGGAAUGGCGCCAUGUUGAUGGAAAUGCCCAGAGGCGAAGGAGCUCGCUUUGUGGACAAAGAAGCUUUUGAAUCCGACUAA